AUGCCUACCCCAAAACAGUCGGAGUCAGUAACUUAAUCCCCUUUAUAGAAGUUUCCAGUUCACGUGCUCAUUAAUGUCUAGCAUCUCACAUUCAAGGCAUCGACACUUCAACCAGUCACAGUUCUUCAAAGCACUGGUUUGAACCUGGAUGGAUCUUGGGCGGAAAAGAUAAUUUCAGAGUUCAUUAACAAAGAUGAUAUAUGUAACCUAGACUUCUUGCAGGUAGUUAUUGUCACUCAUGCAAGCUCCGCUUCUGCAGCUGCCAACCUCGGUUUGGAGCCUUCUGCGAUCGCUGUUCCGGUAAAACAUGGAAUGCAGAACUGGGAGUAUGCUGGCGUAUAGUCAUGGAAAGCUGGGCCAUACUUUACUGAAGGAGAAAACCUCUAUCAAGCUUGGAGACUGUGCGAAGAUACUUCAGAAGGAUUCUAUUUGACUGCUAUUCCCCAUGCAGAGCAUGAUUCAUCGUCAGUAUUCCCACCUAUGUAAGAGCUCACAAAUUAACUAAGGCCAGUUAUCGCCCCUUUGAUGUGUCUGUCUUCUCCCCUGCGGGUACUGUUGCUCGCAUUGUAGUAAAGGAUAUAUACAACUUGAAAGGUGUAGAGACUGCCGGAUCGAGCAGAAGUUACAAGCAGCUGUACCCGCCUGGUGCUGAAUCUGCAUCCAGCAUCCAGAACUUGAUCGAUCUCGGAGCUAUCAUCGUUGGCAAGACGAAGACCACAACAUUGGCUGACCGAGAGAUUCCGACUAGAUUCCGGCUGGAGACUGGAUUGAUACGCACGCCUUCUUCAAUCCUCGAGGAGACGGGUAUAUUGUCCCAGACGGUUACAGGUCUCGAAGUGGCUCUGCUCUUGCUUCCUAUGACUGGCUCGAUUAUACUAUUGGACCAGACAAUUAGUUUGCGUAAGGCAACCAACUCUUGCUCUACUAACUUCAGGUUUAGCAAGCGGGAGUAUUCGAUGGCUAGCUGCUCAUGCUAGCUUCUUCGGAUUUACACCCAUAUACGAAGUCAUGCCCAUGGAUGGCAUCAUACCUAGUAGCCGGUUUGUCGACCGUCUUUCCAACAGAUGUUCUAUACUGAUAUGCCGUAUUUAUAUAGGCAGUUCGACGAGCUAGCAUUCCUCACACGUGAUGUAGUAUCUACCCUCUCCUUUGCACACAACUGGUUUUGUGCUAAACGGUUCUCUGAGCCCUCGGUGGGUUUACUAGCUCCGCCAUUUUUGGGGGGGACUAACCAAACACCUAUACAGGGGAGAAAACCAAUUCAAUUAUUGUAUCCACUUGAUUAUACUGAUCCAUCUCGAGAGCGUGCUAUGUCUACUAACAAAGAAGUUUUAGAUGUAAUCCAAGAUUUUGUUAAAAAGUUGGAAGUCUACCUAAAUGUUAAGCGAACGCCCGUUGAUUUCUUAAAGCUUUAG